UCUUACCAGGAAGAGACUGACAUGUUAUUUCUCUUUUCUGUCAAACUCACUCUUACUGACAAAAGCAAUAAAGAAUCAACAACCAUUGAAGAACGAAGAGAAACACUUUACAGAAGGAUUUCUGAGUCAUUUGUUUCUGAAUAGACAGCAGAUCUUUGUGAUUCUCUUGGUGAUUUAUUUUUCAAACCAUUGUAGUGAAAUUGAAAGUAGUUUAGAUCUCUGGAGCUCAAACAGUGAACAUGGCGUCUCUAAAUGUAUCAGCAGAAGAGCUUUCUUGUCCUGUUUGCUGUGAAAUCUUCAAGGCUCCUGUUCUUCUAUCAUGUAGUCACAGUUUCUGUAAAGAGUGUCUUCAACAGUUCUGGAGAACCAAGGAAACUCAGGAGUGUCCCAUCUGCAGGAGAAGAUCCUCAAGAGAAGAACCACCAUAUAAUCUUGCAUUAAAAAACUUGUGCGAGUCAUUCCUGAAGGAGAGAAAUGAAAGACAUUCAUCUGAGGAGAUCUGCAGUUUACACAGUGAGAAACUCAAACUCUUCUGUCUGGAGGACAAACAGCCGGUGUGUUUAGUGUGCAGAGAUUCACAACAACACGACAAUCACAAAUUCAGACCCAUCAGUGAAGCGGUUUCAUCAUUUAAGGAGGAGCUCAAUACGGCAUUGAAACCAUUACAAGAGAAACUGAAACACAAUGAAGAAAUGAAAGGAGAGUUUGAGAAAACAGUUCGACACAUCAAGUCUCAAGCUGAGCACACAGAGCGUCAGAUUAAACAGCAGUUUGAGAAGCUUCAUCAGUUUCUCAGAGAUGAAGAAGAAGCUACAAUCACUGCACUGAGAGAGGAAGAGGAGCAGAAGAAGCAGAUGAUGAAGGAGAAGCUGGAGGAGAUGAACACACACAUCUCAGCUCUUUCACACACAAUCAAAGAUAUGGAGGAGAUGAUGAAAGCCAGUGACGUCUGCUUUCUGAAGGAGUUUCCAGUCACAAUGGAAAGAGUCCAGAUCUCAUCACAGCCGGAUCCACAGACUCCUUCUGGAGCUUUGAUUCAUGUGCCACGAUACUUGGGCAACCUGCCCUUCAGAGUCUGGAAGAAGAUGCAGGACAUCGUCCAGAACACUCCUGUGAUUCUGGAUCCAAACACUGCAGAUCCACGUCUCGUCCUGUCUGAUGAUCUGACCAGUGUGAGAUGGAGCGAGAACAAACAACCUCUUCCUGAUAAUCCUGAGAGAUUUGACUUCUAUCCCUGUGUUCUGGGUUCAGAGGGGUUUAACUCAGGAACACACUGCUGGGAUGUGGAGCUUAAACAGAGUCCAAUCUGGAUUGUUGGAGUCAUUACAGCAUCAAACCAGAGGAAGGGAAGGGGUUUCUUAAAGACUGAUGUCUGGAGUGUGUAUUAUUAUAAAGAGAAACUGCCUUUAUCGUCUGGUUUCCAGGUUGAACAGCAUCUUGAUCGUGUGAGAGUGAAUCUGGACUAUGAGAGAGGAACAGUGUCGUUCUCUGAUCCUGUAACUAACACACAUCUACACACAUUCACAACCUCCUUCACUCACACACUCUUCCCUUUCUUCUGCUGUUCCUCUCUGAGGAUCUUACCCUUCAGUAGUCAGUAAACGUUACUCCUGCAGCUCUGGAUCUGCCUGCUUUCAUCGUUCAUCAUGUUUCAAUGUUUAUUGUAUGAGACUUGAUCUGAAUAUAUGGUUGUGAUUGAUAGUUAGCUGAACUCUGAUCACUGAGGGAUAUUAAUCAAGCUCUAUAAUUACUGAUUAUAUGUCUAUAAGAUUCAUAUUAUCUGCUGAAGUG